UAUGCAGUCCAGAUCACAGAACUUGUUGGUUUCACCAUGACAGGCGUGAUUUUGACAGCUCGGUGGACGUCACAUCUGAAAGUUCCGUAGGGCUUAAUUAAAUGAAAGUUACAGUUUUGAGGGAGGGUAGCAACGAAGAACCGAAGGAUGUAAUUGCAAUGUGAUUGUACAAUCAGUGGCUGAUUUGAAUUUGAUGGCUCCAAACCUCAGCCGAAUGGCACAUAUACUUUGUUGUACGACAACUUGUCCUAGGGAAAUUUGUGUGAACUGAAUAUGUACAGCUGCUUCCAGGUUUGACCAUCGUCCUCCGCGUCAAUGAAUUUCGGUCGAGCGCCUUGUAUCAUCUCCCGGACGUUCCGGUUGUUGGGCAACGCUCAGCUAGUGUCGGGUUCAACUUGGGGGAGAUUUCCAAGUACUUCAGUGAUAAUGGCAAGACGUACAGGGAAGAUUAGAGGCUAUAGCGACUUUUGUAGGGAAAGGAAUCGACUACGAGUCCUGCUUGAUAUGGAUAUGGUGUUGGCAGAUUUUGAAGAACAUUUUUUGACAAAGUACAGAGAGACAUAUCCAGAUGCCCCAUACGUGAAGGCCGAGGACAGGGACGGGUUCUGGUUGAGAGAUCAGUACGAAAAGAUUUCUCCAAACCUGAAAGACAAAGUGCAGAGUAUAUACGAAGCGGAAUUCUUCUUUAGAGAUCUUCCAGAGAUUCCAGGUGCAAUAGAGGCAGCUCAAGAAAUUAACAAAAUGGAAGAUGUUGAUGUCUUCAUUUGUACAAGUCCCUUGGUGCAAUACAAGUACUGUGUCAAAGAAAAGUUUGAAUGGGUGGAGCAACAUCUAGGAAUGGAGUGGGUGGAGAAGUUAAUCAUUACCAGAGAUAAGACUAUGGUACAGGGCCAUGUGCUGAUAGAUGACAAACCAAAAAUAAAAGGCAAGGUCAUUUGUUGUCUGUCCAUCCCAUCCUGGAAGCAUGUUGUAUUCACAGCCUGCCAUAACAGACGCACAAACAUACAUGGCAGGAGGAGGUUAGACAACUGGACGGAUGGAUCAUGGAGGAAUUUGUUAGAAGAUAUACGGAAACACAUCUGACACAGGCCAUUCUUAGAGUAUAAUCCUUGAUGUAGGCCAUUUUAGUAUAAAUCCUAGAAACAGUUUAUCACAGGCCAUUUUUAGAGUAUAUACAUUAUAUCCAUCGGAUAUGUUCCAUUUUUAGAGUGUAAUCCUUCAUAUGCACUCUGACGUGAGCCAUUUUAGUGUACAUAAAUUCAGUCUGUCAGGUAAGGUUCCAUUUUUAGAGUUAAAUCCUGCACUUUGCCAUGAGCCAUUUUUAGCACUUAUUUACAAAAUCCUACAAUGUACACAUGUAGCCAAUCAAGUACAUGGAUGGUUCACUUUUGGAGAGCAUUCUUGAACAUAAUGUAUCUGACAGAGGUACAUGUAGUGUUUAGACUACAAUCUGUCGCCUGUGCUGUACAGUGAUACAGUGACAUCGGCCAUUUUGUAGAGAAUAAUCCUACAAGGACAGCGCAUGCAUUUUCCAGUUGUAUAUAUAAAUUACUGUUUAUUGUUUAAAGUUCUUAUUUGAUGGUGCCUUGGAAUGUUAUACACUUUUUUAGGCCAGUAACUUCAACAAAAUAGGGUUAAUUUGGCAAGGUUCCAAUGUUGAAUCACCUAUCAUUUUCAUGUUACACUUUCCUUGUAUAGAGGAUAAAAUUACAUUUUAAAACUAAGUGGGUCAUAUUGCCUGCAAAUGUAAGUUUAUUUAGGAGUGAAUAACAGUGUGAUAUAUUUAUAAAAGGCAGGGAUUUCAUGUGAUUACAAAUUAAGUGAUUAACAUGUGUAUUUGAUUUAAUAUAUGCCUCCUGGGCAGCACUAUUUGUUUGUAUCUUGUUAAGAAGAAGUAAUAAUUGACUGACAAGUUUUGUGUACUUUUCUAUAUAUACAUAUAUGUAGGAACAUUUAUUUGGUUUGUCUUGCUCAAAAUUAUUAGUGGUUCAAGUCAUUCAGGCUUGAAUCUUUAUUGUUUUUGUUGGGAUUAUUAUCCAAUUUUGUGGAACAUAAAAUGGCUCAUAAUUGAAACUUAAGUGUGUUUUAGGAAAGCAUCUGAAAUGUGCUUUUUUCAUAUUUUGGAAUCAUUUGGUCAAGUGACUUGGCGGCCAUAUUGGAUUUUGUGCCAAACCUCAAAAAAUCAUCUUCUCCAGAACAGCUGAUGCAAUUGAUCUGAAAUUUUAACUGCAGUGCACAUAGCCUAGGUACAUGCAGGGUGUGAUUGUGUACUUUCUGUGUUGAAAAUUGUAAAAGUUCGCUAUUGGGUGAAAAUGUCAUGUGACCAAAAAAUUGUGUUUUUGCUAUUAAGUUCAACACUUCCACAGAUGAUGUCCGAUACAUUGUUCUAUUUGAUGCAGUUUUGGACACUGAUUCCGAAAAUGUAAUUUUUGCAAAACCAGAAGUGAUGUCAUCAAAAGCUGUAGCGAGUAUAUCUCCUGAACCAAAGACAACAGAAUCUUAAGGCCUAACAUCAUCCACAGGCAAGGAGACAAAUUUUGCAUAACCGUAGGGGACGUCAGCAAACCAUAUACAUGUACCAUAUGUAUGGUGAAAGUCUUUGGCUGGUGUCAAAAAAAACACAAGACAUGCUCGCUUUCUAAUCAUGUCCAAAGGCAGAUUUACCACAUUUGGCACAUUUACAUGUGCAUCCUAUAUAGUGUAAUACAAUGUAUGAAUAGGUAUGAACAGUGUACACUUACACUUUCUAAUUAAGUUAGUUAUGUAUCAGUGCAUAGAGACACAAUACAAUUCACUGGAAGUGAUGCCGCAUAGUUCAGAAACACCAGCUUGAACCCUGACAUUGCUGUUUUGGCAUG